AGAACCUCUCCUCUUCAUUCUAAACUUCUCCGUCAGUUCGCCAUCAGUGUAGGUGGAGUACCACAUCCGCUUCCGCUGGUCCACGAGGGCUCAAAAUAAGCGAUUAUGUAGGCUACAGAGAACACAGAGGAGAUGCCUUCACCAUUAUUAUUGCCUCCUCCUCCUCCUCUUCCUCGUGCUCCUGUUCGGUGCCGGUGUGUUCACCUUCAGCGCGACACAACGAGCGGAUACUGGAGAUCAUCUAGGCGUCCUGAAUAAUAGCUUCACACACCUGGAGGACCUGCGCACCACAUUUCACAACCUGCUGGCUCGGUGCACAUCCAGGGCUUUGUGAUGUCGCUCCUAAAAAUGUGAAGGAGAAUUCGGUCUUCUGGUUCACCUCUGAUUCCAUUUCAGGACAGAAGAGAAAGAAAUAAUGACUCCUGUGUUCACGCCGGUGGAUGCUCACGUGCUCGCGCACAAAAGAUCCUCACGUUAACGUGGUGUCAUCGCUCCAUCCGGACGCCGUUCACUGCGGAGACUUUGGUGUUAGACCGAACGUAGAUGCUCGGGACCCCUGAUGAUAAUGUUCUUGUUGAUGUUGGUGUUGAUGAUGAUGAUGGUGGUGCUGAUGAAGACGAAGACGACGAGAAGGCUCGCCGCCCGCACGCCGUCUCCGCUCGCGCUCUAGGAUGUUGCGGCAAGCGGUGCGCGAGGGGCUGCGCGCGUCCUUCCACAAGCUGGGCCACUUCGUCGCCAACCACCCGGUGUUCUUCGCCUCGGCGCCGGUGCUCCUCUCGGUGCUGCUCGGCGCCAGUUUCAGCAGGUACCGGGUGGAGGAGGAAGUGGAGCGCCUGCUGGCUCCAAAACACAGCCUGGCGAAGAUCGAGGGCAACCUGGUGGACAGCCUGUUCCCUGUCAACCGCUCCAAACACACGCUCUACUCCGACCUCCAGACCCCGGGCCGGUACGGGCGCGUGAUCGUGACCUCGCGCAAGGGCAGCGUGCUCGAGCCUCACCACGCUGACCUCGUCCUGAAGCUUCAUAGUGCCAUCACACACAUCCAGGUUCCGAUGCUGGGCUUCAACUACACCUUUGCUCAUCUCUGCCUGCUGGAUGAUAGCAAGAACUGCAUCAUAGACGACAUCCUGCGAGUACUGGAGGAGAUGCGAUUGGCUCGAGCCUCAAACCGGACUGUGCCACUGCUGCGCUACCCCAUCACACAACUCAAGGACGGGCGAGAGGCCUAUAUAGGACACCAGCUUGGUGGGGUUCAGACCAUGGGCAACGGUCGGGAAGGUGUCCGAGCUGCCCGAGCGCUCCAGCUCACCUAUUACCUGCAGGUCGCCAGUGCGCUGAACGAGAUGGUGGCGGCUCGCUGGGAGCUGCUCUUCUGCCACGAGUUGGAGAGCUUCAGUACGGCACACCCCGAGCUGGGGCUCUACCCAUUCACCUCAUCCUCGCUGCAGAGGGACUUCCAGAGAACGAGUCGUGUAUCUGAGCGCCCGCUGCUCUUUAGCCUGGCCGCAUGCCUCUCCCUUGCUGUGCUUUGCUCUUCUAUGAGAGACUGCGUACGAACCAAACCGUGGCUGGGAAUCUUAGCACUGGUCACCGUCAGCCUAGCGACUCUCACCUCCGCCGGGAUCUUUAACCUCACCGGUGGGAAAUACAAUUCCACGUACCUCGGCAUUCCUUUCAUCAUGCUGGGUCAUGGUUUGUUUGGCAUGUUCGAGAUGCUGUCUUCUUGGCGACGGACACGUGAGGACCAGCACGUAAAAGAGCGAGUGGCUGCUGUGUUCUCAGACUGCAUGCUCCCCUUCACAGCCAGCACCGCCCUUCACCUGGUCACGUUCGGUAUCGGCGCCAGCCCCUUCACCAACAUCGAGGCAGUGCGUCUGUUCUGCCGCAUUGCCUGUCUCUCCAUCCUCUUCAACUACCUCUACAUCCUCACCUUUUAUGGGUCCAAUCUGGUUUUCGCAGGUUACCUCGAAAAUAACUAUCGCCACAGCCUGUUCUGCAGACGCGUACCCAAGCCUGAUUUGUUGCAACAAAAGUCAGCAUGGUAUCGCUUCCUGAUGUACACGCAUUAUAACGAGGAAGCGUCCGAUCCCUGUGACCUCCAUGUCUAUGAGAACCACCUCCUGGUGGCCUUCAUGAAACGAUACUAUUGCGACUGGAUCACCAACACGUACGUCAAACCCUUUGUAGUGCUUUUUUAUUUAGUAUACAUCUCAUUUGCAUUAAUGGGCUACUUACAGGUGAGUGAAGGCUCUGAUCUUAGUAACGUUGUCGCCACGGAAACCAGCACUAUCGCCUACACUCGGGCGCAACAGCGCUACUUUAGCAGUUACAGCCCUGUAAUUGGCUUCUACAUCUAUGAAUCUAUCGAGUACUGGAAUACCAGCGUACAGGAGGAUCUCCUUGAGUACACCAAAGGGUUUGAGAGGAUCUCCUGGUUUGAAAGUUACCUAAAUUACCUACACGGUCUUAACAUCACGACAAGCCUUCCACGCAAAAACUUCACCGAGCACUUGCGAUCAGGCUUCCUUCGCCAGCCUCGCUACCUCCAUUUCUCAGACGAUAUCAUAUUCGCCAAGCGGGCCGAUGGAGAGUUUGAUGUAGUGGCUUCCCGGAUGUUUCUGGUGGCCAAGACGACAGAGAACAAGCGAGAGGAGAUGUCAAUCUUGUUAGACACACUUCGCAAGCUCUCGCUAACCUCCAGGGUAAAGUUCAUUAUCUUUAACCCUUCGUUUGUGUACAUGGACCGCUACGCAUCUUCAGUUGGUGCACCGCUGAAGAACUCGUGCAUUGCUGCUCUGUUUUUGCUCUUUUUUUCUAGCUUUUUGGCUGCUGACCCUUUGGUGAAUGCCUGGAUAACUGUGACGGUGGUCUCCGUGGAAUUUGGUGUGUUGGGAUUCAUGACUCUGUGGCAGGUGGAGUUAGACUGCAUGUCAGUGCUGUGCCUGAUUUAUGGGGUUAACUAUGCCGUAGACUCAAGUGUGCCUCUAGUGUCAGCCUUUGCUCUGGGACGGGAAUCAACACGAACGCGAUGGGUGAAGCUGUCCUUAGAGCGGCAUGGAGUCCCUGCUUUGCAGAGUUACAUGUGCUAUGGUGCAGCACUGUUGCCUUUAGCAGCUGUUCCGUCCAACCUUACUCACACACUAUUCAGGUGUUUUUUCCUCACUGCCCUCAUCACCGCCUUCCACUGUCUGGCUAUCCUUCCGGUUCUCUUGACAUUCUUGCCUCCAUCCAAGAAAAAAAGAAGGGAAAGAAAAAAUAUGGGUGAGCACCGGGAGGAGAUUGAAUGCGUAGAGAUAUCAGACAGUACUCGAGUGGUUGAUCAGAUUACCACCGUCUGAGUAAAUGACAAAAUGCAAAGAGGUAACGUCAAGUCUUGGGCUCAGAGAAGUCCAUCAAAACCUGGAAGACACGGUCAUGUCACAGAGGCAGAUAUAAUCAGAGCAAAUUAAUUUCAGCUCUCCUGCAGGAACUCGGCUUUGUUGUCAUGGUAAAAAAAAGAAAGGUCUCGCCAUUAUCACGAGGCCAGGUUGUCAUGGUGAAAGGUUGUGCCGCACAUCUUCCAUCCCUGUGUGGAUGCUAAGAAGAAGAUCUUUGUUCAGUGAGCUAAAUGAGCCACAUUUUGGGCCAGCUGUGGAUAAUUACAAAGCAGCUCCUAGACUUGCGGCUGAACGCUCUGAAAAAGGUUUUGCCUUAAUGCAGUUUAGAUUCACAUACAUGCUCUACAAACCACUGCAACAUUACUGUGAUAUUAAAAUAGUAAAAUAUAUAAAGUACAAACCCCACCACUCAUAUUUACAGGUGGUCAGGGGUUCACUGCUAAAUCAAGGCAGCCAUAGUUGUAUUCCAAAUAGCCAUGUUCUUUAUUAGCCAUAUGAAUCCAAUCCCUGGGUAAUCUGACAUUUCAAUCCACUGUUAAUAUUUUUUUUUCUGUAUGAGACGUAAUAAUAAUUGAUCUCUGGUGAAAAGAGAUAUGGAGAUAUGCUUGUUUGCUGCAGGUGGUUUAGUGGUGCACUGCAUCGCUUCCAUGGAAACCCCUCGUAUCUCCAUGCCUGUCAUUGUUUAGUGUUACUAUUAUACUGUACAUACAUCAUUCCAUUUCCCUGGAGUAUUCAGACAGUUCCUCUAAUGGGAAGAGAUGGUAGAUGAAGUGAUACAGGAGGUUUUGAAUUCUCGAACAAAUGAUUUUCUACCAGUUUCUGAAGUGCGUUUAAAAAAAUAAAAAUAAAACGUUGAACAUCACACUGUCCCCCACAAUGCUCCUCAUCAAUAUUCAUGAGCCAGAACCCUUCUCCUGGUGUCCUUGCUCUUGCUGUACGAGAGGCAGAGAAAGAGGAGAAAGGCAAGGGCAGAGGAGGAGACAAAGACACACACCGAGUAAAAGUAAAUGGAGAGACUAGUUGAGAGAGAAACAGAGUAAGCGAUGCUGUCUUUUUGUUAUAAUGACAAAUUAAAAAUAAUAAAAAUAAAAAUGAUAAAUCCUGAAUUAUGAUUGUCCAGGAGGUACUGAUAAAUUUUCCUUCACAGCAGCUCUGAUGAGUGGUCCUGGAUGUAAAGCAAAUUGCAGGCAAAUUGCUCAUUUUGUCCUAUUAACUUGACAGAGAGAAUAAAGAGAGGGUGUUGAAGGAACAAGUGUUACACAUAUACACUGAUCAGGUAUAACAUUAUGAUCAACUGUCUAAUAUUGUAUUGGUCCCCUUUUGCUGCUAAAACAGUUCUGAGCCAUUAAGCAUUUACAACUACUUCAGCAGUUUGUUGGACCACCUGGACCAGCCUUCGCUCCUCGCGUGCAUCAAUGAGCUUUGGCCACCCCACGACCUUUUCUCCAGUUCACCACUGUUCCUUCCUUGAAGCACUUUUAAUAGAUACUGACCACUGCAGACCAGGAACAGCCCACAGAGCUGCAGUUUUGGAAAUGUAAUUAAUUUUCAUUUAAUUAAAGCACUUUUUUCAAUGGACAUUGUUUCAAAGCAACUUUACACAUAUAAAGCAGUAGCAAAGAAUCAAUAAGAUGGCUCUUAUGUGUAAGUUUGUCCCUAAUGAGCGAGCUGGUGGCAACUGUGGUGAAGGAAAGACAUGAGGAAGAAACCUUGAGAGGAACUAGACUCAAGAGGGAACCUCAUCUUCA